AUGGAACAUAUGCGGGAAUAUGUGACUGUCAAAGAAAAGGCCACGCCGCCUCUGGACCCAACAGCGCCAGGUGAAGAUGCCUAUGGUGUACCGGCGACAUUCGAACCCAUCCGGAAACCAGCUACAGACUCGAAGAAUAAUCCGGAGAAGCGCAGCGAUCCCUUCCAAUUUGGGUCGCGACAUCUGGAAGACGGCGACGACAUUUUUGCACACAACGCGUGGGAUCACGUUGAAGUGGAUCCCGAAUACAAAGACUUCAUUGAGCAACAGACGCUGUUCCAGAAGGAGAACCAGGUCUCGGACUUUGACAAGAAGCGUUUCAACGAACGGCCCGAGAAGUGGUGGGACAAGUUCUACAGCAACAACCAGGCCAAUUUUUUCAAGGACCGUAAAUGGCUCGUGCAAGAGUUCCCCAUUCUUGGUGAGGUGACGCGAGAAGGGUACGGGCCUGCAACGGUGUUAGAGGUGGGUGCAGGUGCCGGCAAUACUGCAUUUCCAGUGCUCGCGAACAAUCACAACGCGGAGUUGAAACUACAUGCGUGCGAUUACAGCAAGAAAGCGAUUGAGGUGAUCCGAUCCCAAGCAGCUUAUAACAACCAGGAGGUCCCCAUCUUGCAGGCCGAUGUAUGGGACGCCGCGAGUGCCGAACUGCCUCCAGGGCUGGGCCCUGGAUCUGUGGACAUCAUAGUCAUGAUCUUCAUCUUCAGCGCGCUUUCUCCGGAUCAGUGGGCGCAGGCGGUGCAUAAUGCUUACACGCUGCUAAAGCCAGGCGGCGAGAUACUCUUUCGCGAUUACGGUCGCGGGGACUUGGCCCAAGUGCGCUUCAAAAAGGGCAGGUAUCUGGACGAAAACUUCUAUGUCCGUGGCGAUGGCACGCGAGUCUACUUUUUCGACGAACAGGAGUUGCGAAGCAUCUGGGGUGGUGCGCAUUGGCUUCCGACUGAUUGCCAAGACAACCAGGGCGAAGCCCAGAACACUCCAAUUGCGGCCAGAAGCUUCGAAAUUCUCAACCUAGCCGUCGACAGACGCAUGCUCGUCAACCGACAGCGUAAGCUCAAGAUGUAUCGAUGCUGGAUGCAGGGCCGCUUUCGAAAGCCCAUCAACGAGACCGACGAUGGCAGCCAGAGCAACACUAAUACUGCCAGCCCCAGCUCCCCCGCGAGCGCUGGCGCCAGUUCUUCGGCAGGCUCUACCGUAAAUUAA